UUCCCAGAUCUGGAGGAGGAGGAGGAGUCUGGGUGUGAGGAGGAAGUGUCUCCGUAUAUUAACCUCCUCCAUAGUGAGCGUGUCCUGAACCACCGGAUCUCUUUAGUACAAGCUGAAGCGGUGCAGCUGGUCCAGAGGCGAGCAUUAUGCAUUCCGACUGCAGGCUGCUAUGGGCAGAGCGGUAAUGGUGGGCAGGGGGCCGACAGGGGCCGGGGUUCUCGUCCUGUCCCUUCUCAUCAUCCUCACCACCGAGAGCUGCCGAGCUCAGAAAGGUGAUGGCUGUGGCCCCACUGUGCUCGGCCCCAUCAGUGGGACUCUGUCCUCUCUGGGUUAUCCGAGGACGUACCCGAACAACAGUGUGUGUGAGUGGGAGAUCACCGUGCCUCGUGGGAAGAGGAUCCACUUUCGGUUUGCUUCACUGGACAUAGAAGAUAGCGACUGCCAAGUCAACUACCUCCGCCUCUAUAAUGGCAUUGGACCAGAGAGGAGUGAGAUCGUGAAAUACUGCAGUUUGGAUCUAAAAGUCAAUGAACAAAUCGAGUCCUCUGGAAACCAGGUCACAGUCCAGUUCAUGAGUGGGGUGCACCACAAUGGACAAGGAUUCUACAUGUCCUACUCCACCACUGAGCAUUCAGAUUUAAUCACCUGCCUCGACAAAGGAACCGACUUCCCCGAGGCAGAGUUCAGUAAGUACUGUCCUGCAGGGUGUUUGACAUCUGCAAAGGAGGUUUCUGGAACGAUACCCAAUGGAUAUCGAGAGUCUUCUCCUCUGUGCGCUGCAGCAGUUCAUGCAGGUGUGGUGUCCAACUCUGAGGGGGGGACGAUCAGUGUGGUUAGCAGCAAAGGCAUUCCUCACUAUGAGGGCACACUGGCUAACAAUGUCACUUCCACUGGAGGAACUUUGUCAAACAGCCUCUUCACCUUCAAAACAAAUGGCUGCUACGGAACGCUGGGCUUGGAGUCUGGUGGUGUUGCAGACACUCAGCUCAGCGCCUCGUCUGUGUGGGACUGGAGGACCGUCACCGGUCUGCAUGUGUGGGGCCCAUCAGGGGCUCGCCUGAAAAAGACAGGGCUGCCCUGGGCACCUUCACAGAGUGACCAGCAGCAGUGGCUGCAGGUAGAUCUGAAGAGGGAGAAGAUGAUCGCAGGUAUCAUCACCACAGGCUCUACCAUGAGGGAGCACCAGUACUUUGUAUCAGCGUACCGGGUUCUGUACAGCAACAAUGGCAAACAGUGGAGCGCCUACAGUGAAGCCAAUUCUAUACAAGACAAGGUUUUCCAAGGAAACGUCAACUACCUGCACGAGGUGAGGAAUAACUUCAUUCCCCCGGUCGAAGCCCGUUUUGUGCGGAUCAACCCCACCUCAUGGCACCAGAGGAUCGCGCUCAAGCUGGAGCUGCUCGGCUGCCAAGUGAGGUGGACAAAGACGAGGUUGUUCACCCCUUCUCGUAACUCUCCACAUCCUGCGAGUACAAAAUGCCCACCUCACGCUGGCCAGACCACACACACGCCAGACAUCAGGAACACCACCAUGCCUCCUCAUGUUGGCAAAGAUUUGGUGUUGAUAGCCAUUCUGGUCCCUGUGUUGGUCAUGCUCCUGACAGCUCUGAUCCUGACUGCAGCUUGUGCUUGCCACUGGAGGAACAAGAAAAAGAGCUCUGAGGGAACAUUCGAUCUUCCUCAAUGGGAUCGCACAGACUGGUGGAAAAGCAUGAAGCAGCUGCUGCCCUCCAGGAUGAUGGAGAUGGAGGAUUCGAUACGGUACAGCACCAGUGAGGUGGGUCGACUCUCUGGGAGAAGUGCUGUACCAAGACUGCACGCUGAGCCUGCAGAGUAUGCUCAGCCACUGGUGAGUGGCGUGACCACACUGGGUGCGCGGUCUACCUUUAAACCAGAUGAGGGUCCCGACCCAGGGUACUCCGAUCCAAACUUGUAUGAUGCCCCCGUCUCAUCAGAUGUGUACCACUCUUACGCAGAGCCGCUGCCAGCUUCAGGAUCUGAAUACGCCACUCCCAUCGUGGUUGAUAUGGGCUGCCACCCAUCAGGGGGGUCUGCUUUGAACCAGCCCUGCACAGUCCGCAGCUUCAUGGGGUCCGGGCCAACCUCACUGCUCACGCGGACAGACAGUGGUCAGUCGGAGGGGUCGGCGUACGACACACCUAAAAAUGCCAACGAGCAGACCACGCCCACUGAGGAUCUGACCUAUCAGGUGCCUCAGAAAAGCAAUCAUAAGAGCUGAGAAGUCUGGAUGCUUGUGGCUUUAAUCAUCACAGCCCUGGAUUGGAGUCUUGAAUGAAAACUACCUUAGCUUCACCUGGAGAUGUCUGUAUUGACUGAAUGCUUCUGCAAGGCCACAAACUGUUUUACAGUCCUAUCACUGAAACAACAAUGAAUGUCUUAGUGCCGGGAACGAGGCGGAGAGGGAAAAAAGGAGAAACCUGACUACUAUUUGAGAAAGAUUUCUGUGAUUUUUGUCACGAUCACAUCUUAAAACUGUGAUUUCAUCCUCUCAUUUUUUAUCCCGAUGCUAAACCAUAGCAAGUAUUUUCUUUCAUCAAAUACCUACGUUUCAUUAAAAACUCCCUCUUUUAAGCUCUUCCCACGACAGCUGUGCCACCAUCAUGCCUGAUGUUCAGUAACCGAUGAGACUGAUGCACAGAGUUUGGAUGCUCCCUGGUUGCAAAAUGUGUGCUGCUCUCACUGAUUAUAAACAGAAUAAAAAGAAGUUUUAUUAUUAUUUA